AUGUGCUUGGAGGACGACUUGGCGUUGCAGACCAAGAUGACUCGUCUGCUGAUAACGUUGGUUACAUGGAUCUGCGCACUGCUCACUGUUGGCUGCCUGUAUUUUCUAGCGGUGAUUGUGCACGAUAUUAAUUCCAUCUACGACGAUGUCAUUCGUGAUGUACAGGAGUUCCAGGAUUUUGCAAACGUGGCUUGGAACGUAAUCAUGGACGAUGUGCAGCAUUCACAUAAUGUGAAGCGGGAAAGCAAGACUAAAUCGAAAACACCUAAGCAAGUGUUAUCAGUAGUAGGAGCAGACGAAGAGUGCCCGCCAGGUCCUAAAGGGCCACCAGGAUUACCUGGACCGCCAGGUGAGCACGGCGAAGACGGUCAGAAAGGAUUUCCAGGCCCCUCCGCAAUUACGUCGUCAUGCACGUACUGGAAACCAGCACACUGCGUGCAAUGUCCCGUUGGUCCUGCAGGACCUCGUGGUCCAAACGGACCAAGAGGACGACCAGGCAUUGCUGGCCAAAGAGGAGUGCCAGGUGUUGCUGGACAACACGGGCGGUACGGGCCCAUAGGAAUGCAAGGUGAUCCUGGCAUGCCUGGUCUUGACGGUCAACCAGGUUGGGCUGGUGCUGCUGGUUCUAACGCAUAUAGCGGUCGAGGAAAACGUGGACCAGUUGGAAUACAAGGAAACGAAGGACCGUUUGGCAACGAAGGACAACAAGGCAUCAUGGGCUAUCCUGGUGAAGAAGGGCCUUACGGAGUACAAGGCGAAAGUGGACGCAUGGGAGAACAAGGUCCUGAAGGACUUAGAGGUCCUCCUGGUCCGCCUGGUAAUCCUGGGCCUGACGGAGUGUACUGUCGGUGUCCACCUAGGACUUACGAUCGUGUUCGCGUCAAAAGUGUCAUAUUUGAUUUUGAUAAGGUAUUGAAGAGUUAA